AAGGGUAGAAAGUAGCGAGGGGAGGGUACAAAAUCCCCAGCCCUAGUUCCGCAAGCACUGAGCUGCUCCUAGGGGGUCCAGGCAACUCCGACUACCACUACUCACUUUUGCUCAGCUGUCGCAUCUUGCUGUCUCCGUCGAUGGUCGGGAAUUAAGCUGUCCCCCGCCUACCUGUGUUGCUCACCAUGGAAGAGAUGGAGAAGACUGGUAUCCAGCUGCAGAGACCUAUAAAGACAGAGUGGAAUCCCCGGUGUGUCCUCUUCACCUAUUUCCAAGGGGACAUCGGCAGUGUGGUGGACGAACACUUCUCCAGAGCUCUGCGCAAUGUCAGGAGCCCCGAGGGCUUGAGCCCCUCGACCCAGAGCCCAGACGUGAUGCUGAGGAAUGAUAGUGACAUGCCUCCAAAUCAGUGGCGUUUCUCUUCCCAGUGGACAAAGCCAGAGCCAGAAGCAUCUUUUGCUUAUGGUACCACCAACUGCAGCUUGAAUGGGCCCAGUGUCCUGAUGCCGGAUCAGUACCCAGUGCCCCUGGCGGGGAGCCCCUCCAAUCCGUCUGACGAGCUGUGGCAGUACCCCUUCCUGGGCAGCCCCAGCUCCUCAGAGCCUGGCUACUCUCACGCCUACUCCAGUGGGCACAUGGUUCUAGAACCCCAGUCCGAUGGGAAAUAUGAGCCCUUUCUAAGUCUCCUCCAGCAAGACCGACACCUCGCCCAUCCUCAGGAAUCCACCGUGUGGGAGGACUACAGCUCUGCCCAGGUAGCCGGAGGCCCCGGAUCGCUCUGCGACUUGCCUCCCGGUUCAGCCCACGAAAGCCAGUCGCCGGAGAGAAGAAAUGUGUUCUUUUAUUGAACCUCAGUCUGAAGAAGAGAAUUCCUUUUCCCAAACCUGCUCAUGAUUUUCUACUGUGAAUCCAGAUUCUAGAGAUGGCAGC